AAAUUAGAAAGUUUUCUUUUAGAUAUUAUUCUAAUAGAAGUUUGUAAUACUGGAUCUAAUAUGGCUAAUUCUAUAAUGAAUGCUCUUCGUAAAUUUAAUUUAGCAAAAAAAACUUUAGCUCUCACUACUGACAAUGCAAAGUCAAUGAUUGUUUGUAGUAAAAUAAUAUAA